CGGUUUUCUACAUCCUCAACAGGCAAACUUACUGUGGUGUGUUCGAACAGCCCUACUCCCCUUAUUAAUGAACGUGUGUGGAGGAGCUAAGAUCCUAGGAAUAUUCCCUUCUCAUUCCAGAAGUCAUGCUAUUAUAAGCUCGGCUUUAAUGCGGGAACUUGCUGCCAGAGGGCAUCACGUUACAGUGUUGAGUAUGCACCCUCAGGUGGAUAAUGUGGGGAAUUACACAGACAUUGUUCUCAAGUCGUCACUCUUGGACUUGCUGGAUAACGAAACAAAGCUCGGAAUGAGUAGAAUGCAGAUGGGAAUAGUUCAAAUGUUCGAUGUGUUUUUCAACUUAGAUCUCGUAUUAUGCGACCUGCAGUUGCAAGAGGAGAGCGUCCAGGAACUUGUACACUCUAAAGAUCUCUCUUUUGACCUCAUAAUCGUUGAAGCUUUUAAUAAUGAGUGUUUCCUUGGUUUCGUUCAUAAAUUCCAAGCCCCUUUAAUUCACAUAUGUACAUUUGCCGGUUUCGAUUUUAUGGGGCACUGGGUUGGAAACCCAAAUCCUUAUGCCUACGUACCAAGCCCUAUUCUUAAAUUUAGAGAUAAAAUGAAUUUCUGGGAGAGGAUGAUCAAUACCAUCUUGGGAACAAGUUUUAUACUCGUAAGGAAUCAUUACUACCUGCCGAGGCAGAAUGCAAUCAUGAGAAAACAUUUCAAUGACUCAAAUGAUCUUCCUGAACUCUCUGAAAUAGAGCACAGAACGUCUGUUCUUUUUGUCAAUCAGCAUUUAAGCACGAGUUAUCCUAAACCUCUGAUGCCUAGCAUUGUACAGGUUGGAGGUAUACACGUGAAACCGCCAAAGAAACUACCCCAGGACAUCCAAUCAUAUCUUGAUGAAGCGUCAGAAGGUGCAAUCUUCUUCAGUAUGGGCUCAAACGUGAAGAGUUCUGAAAUGCCAGAAGGUACAAUAGAUGCUCUUAUCAAAGCUUUCUCAAAAGUAAAGCAGAGAGUAUUAUGGAAGUGGGAAACGGAAACCUUCCCGGGGAGGCCCAGUAAUGUGAAGCUGGGAAAGUGGCUUCCUCAAGCCGAUAUUCUUGCACAUCCGAACACAAGACUAUUCAUGACACAUGGUGGACUGCUGAGUAUGCAGGAAGCCAUAGAUCGAGGUGUUCCUGUAGUGGGUAUCCCUGUAUUUGGAGACCAAAAAAUGAACAUGAUGUGGGCUGUUUCGCAGGGUUUUGGAGUUUCAAUGGAUUUCAAUAAUAUUACGUCCGAAUCAGUGUCCGAGGCGCUGAGUGAAGUGCUCGGCAAUCCUAGGUAUCGUGAGAAUUCCCAGCGUCUGUCCCGAAUCUUCCGGGACCAGCCACUCACACCGCUGGAGCAGGCCGCGUUCUGGACGGAGUACGUGAUCAGACACAAGGGAGCUCCUCACAUGCGCUCCGCUGCACUCGACCUCACCUGGUACCAGUACUUCCUGCUAGAUGUCAUCGCUGUGUUGGCGCUAGUUGUAGGAUUGAGUCUGCUGUUAGUGUUUUUGAUGCUCAGGGCAGUACUAAGGAAAGUUUGGAGUGUCAAGGAUAUUGAUACAUCAAGAAGAAAAGGCGAUGUGUCGGUCCGAGAUGCAAUGGCAGUGACGGUGUUGGUGUUGGUGUUGGUGUUCCUUACAAGCUUACAGGAAUGUAAGGGAGCGAAGAUCCUAGGAUUGUUCCCUGUCCCUUCCCCCAGUCAUGCUGCUGUAAGUUUUGCCUUAGUCAAGGAACUGGCCCAAAGAGGACACCAAGUCACUGUUCUGAGCCCAUAUCCUCAAGAGGAACCAGUUCCUAAUUACACUGACAUCGCCCUUCAGAAAAUUGAAUUAAAAGAUGUGCUGAACAUAACAGUUGUUCCAAACCCAUAUGAGAUGCAAAGUUUAAAUUACUUCCAAAGAGUUCCUAUCGUGUGGGCAAUGGGGAUUUUUCUCUGCGACAGAGUCCUUGGAGAGCCAUCUGUUCAGAAACUCGUGCACUCUGACGGUGACCACUUCGACAUCAUAAUAAUGGCAGGAUUCUAUGUUGACUGUCUCCUUGGAUUUGCUCACAAAUUCAAAGCUCCUGUUGUUCAAGUGUGCCCCUUCGGAGGAGCUGAGUAUAUAGGAGACACUGUUGGGAAUCCUAAUCCUUACUCCUACAUACCAGAUGUAUUUCAAGAAUUCAGUGAUAAGAUGAGCUUCGGUGAGCGUAUCAUAAAUACGCUCUGCCAGUUAUUUCAGCAAGUAGGAAGAAGAUAUUUUCUAAUUCCAAGGCAAGAAGUUAUUAUGAGAAAACACUUCAAUUACACAAGCAGCAUGCCAUCAAUUGCAGACUUAGAGAAGUCCACAGCGCUUGUACUUGUAAACCAACACUUCAGUAUUAGCUACCCGAAACCUGUGAUGCCAAAUUUUGUACAAGUGGGAGGAAUGCAUAUCAAAGCACCCAAGAGCCUUCCAGCGGAUAUCAAGAAAUACGUUGAAGAAGCAACUGAAGGUGUUAUCUUCUUCAGUAUGGGAUCAAACUUGAAGAGUUCUCAGUUACCAGACAAGAAGUUACGUGGUAUUCUGGAGGCAUUCUCUAAAGUGAAACAGCGGGUUCUCUGGAAGUGGGAAAGCGAGUCUUUACCGGGGAAACCCAGCAACGUCAAGGUGGCAAAAUGGCUGCCUCAAUCAGACAUUCUCGCUCAUCCUAAUGUACGACUGUUCAUCACUCACGGUGGAUUGUUGAGUGCACAAGAGACAAUAUAUCAUGGAGUUCCAAUUGUUGGGAUUCCAGUUUUUGGGGAUCAGAGGCUUAAUAUGGCGAAAGCUGUAUCAUCAGGCUACGGAUUUCAACUGGACUAUACUGACGUCACAGCUGAGUCUUUAGGUUCCGCCAUUAGAGAAGUAUUGGAUAAUCCCAGAUACCGUGAGAACGCCCAGCGUCUGUCGCGAAUCUACCGUGACCAGCCACUCACACCGCUGGAGCAGGCUGUGUUCUGGACGGAGUACGUGAUCAGACACAAGGGAGCUCCUCACAUGCGCUCCGCUGCACUCGACCUCACCUGGUACCAGUACUUCCUGCUAGAUGUCAUCGCUGUGUUGGCGCUAGCUGUAGGAUCGAUUGUUUUCUUAGUGUUUUUGAUAGUCAGAAAGUUGCUGGGGAAAAUGUGCGGUGGCUCCAAACGGGAUGUUAUUAAAAAGACGAACUAAUGUAAUCUUGUACUGCCAUUAUUCAUAUUUUUGUUAUUACUAUUAUUAUUGUAUUUGACUUUGAAACCAUUUUAGUUAGUUCUUUUUUCUGCAUGGAUGUGUUUUGUAUUUGCAACGCAAAUGAUAAACUGUAAUUUUAAAUUAAGGGUGCCUCAGUGAAAACAUUACCACUCACAACACUGUACGACUUCCAAAAGUAUGUAAAUUUGAUAUAAUGAAUACUUAAACAUUAUACAAUAUUAUGAAGGAUCUAAAAUGAUUGUGUCUUCCUUAACAUUCAAUUUAUGUAGCCCCGAAAGUGUUGUUCUUUUAAAUCAGUUAGUUGCGUCGAUAUCUUGUCAUAUAUUUUCGCAUCCUCAGGUUCUUCCCAUUUUCGUAAACGUUUCGCAGACUUGGCUCUUCGUUGUGGUUUUAGAAAUGUCGACCUUCCACUAGAAUGUGUACACUUCUCCGUGCGGUAUUCACUUGUGGCAACAUGACUGAUGU